AUGGACGACGCAAAGCCAACACAGGUGGCAGCGUCCAAACCUGAUGAGGCAGUGCGCCAGCCGCCUACGACUUCCAGCACACCAUCAACCUUCCUCGGGACGUACAGUACUGCCACCCACUACCAAGCUGACGCAGUCUCCACACCUACCGUCGUCCUUCUCUGGGCCGCGAUCCACGUCCUCGUCGUCCUACAGCCCGACCCCGUCCACCCCUUCCUUCCCCGCUUCCUCUCCUCCCGCCUCUGGUUCGAGCUCCAGGUGCGUUUCCGCCUCGCGCCCCGCGCCCUUGGAAUCGGCGCGACACAGGUAUCACUCCGCUGGGCGGCUGCGGGCCCACGCCAAUCUAUAACCUGGGCCCUACGAUAUACAAACGAAAACCGGUACGAGGCCGCGCGAUACCUCGUCUGGAUGGGAGUUAUGCGCGCGUGGACGGCAGUAUCGCACAUCCAAUCACUACCUGGAAGCAAAGGGCAGAUCGCGCGCGCUCUCAGCGUCCCACUCCCGUCUAUGGCCGGAUCCCACCUCCAUAUCGGGGAGGUGUACGGCGCGCUGAUCCUCCCUCUGCGUCCCUUCCAACCAGCUCCCGAUUUUGCGUACAUGUCCUUGUCCAAACAGGCCGUCCUCGAGGUCGACAUCUCGGAGGUACGUCCGACGGCUCGCGAGCUUGAGGAUGGCAUCGAGUUGGCCCCUUUGCCCAGCUCCGAACGGUCCAAAGAUGUCUUGGCGUCCGACUCCGAAACACCUGCCGCCUCCACUGCCGAGGACGCUUCGCACCUUCUCGAUGAUGAGGCGCCCGACGGCGGCCAACAGGCAUGGAUCAUCGUCGCGUGCUGCACCAUUCUCUGCUUCUGGUUCGUAGGCACGACCUACUCCUGGGGUGUGCUGCAGGGCGCCCUUGUCGCCGAUCACCUUGCACCGGCUUCGACGCUCGCAUUCGUGGGUAGCAUUGCGGUCUCGAUGCUCUCCGCGCUGGCGAUCCUCAACUCGCGACUCUUUGGACAGGUCGGCGCGCGCCCCAUGGCCCUGGUCGGCGUGGCAUUCAUGGCCUCGUCGCAGCUCCUGGCCGGCUUCACAACCAAGAACGUCGGCGGCCUCUUCGUCACCGCUGGGGUGAUGAUGGGCCUCGGCGUUAGCCUCUGCUUCAUGGUCAUCUCCAUCACGCCUUCGCAGUACUUUACGCGGCGCAAGGGCACCGCAUUGGGGAUCGUGUAUUCUGGCGGCGGGUUCGGUGGCGCCAUCAUCUCACUCGCCCUCGAAGCGGGCGUACGCCAUCUGGGCGUCCCGUGGACCUUCCGCCUCGUCGGCUUCCUCAUGCUCGCAACGUGUGUCCCAGCUGCGUGGUUUAUCAAGGAGCGCUUCUCCCCACAGAGGCGCGAGUUUGUCGACUGGUCUCUCUUCAAGAACCUCGACUUUGUCGCGCUCUUCGCGGCUGGCGUACUUGGCACAUUCCCACUAUUCGUGCCGCCAUUCUUCCUCCCCCUCUACGCGGCCAGCAUGAAUCUGAGCACGACGACCGGCGCAAUCCUCGUGUGUCUUUUCAACUUUUCAUCAGCACUUGGCCGCCUCGCAACGGGAGUGCUCUCCGACCGCCUCCUCGGGCCCAUCAACACGCUCCUCCUCGUCCUCAGCAUCACCUCGCUCUCGCUCCUCGUCCUAUGGCCCACGUCCGUCUCGCUCGGUCCCCUCAUCGUCUUUGUGCUCAUCAACGGUGCAGCGUCGGGCGGCUUCUUCGCCAUCAUGCCCACAGUCGUCUCAACCGUCAUGGGCACUCAGCGCAUGGCUGUCGCUUUUGGCAUGAUCGUCACGGGCUGGGGUGGGGGUUACCUGAUGGGCGCCCCAACCGCCGGUUACCUGCUGGCGGCGUUUGGUGGAAGCGGCGAAGGGAUCAAGGCUUACCGGCCCGCAGUGUUCUGGGCGGGCGCGAUGGCUUUGGCGGCGUCAGCCAUAGUCGCGGCGCUCAGGUGGAGGAAAAGCCCACACUGGAGGGUCAGGAUGUAG